ACCUUCCUCCUUCCUCACCGCCACACGACACAAUCUCUCUCUCUCUCUCUUUUAUUAUUACUAUAUAAACCAAUCCUUCCCCUUAUCUUCAUCUUUUCCUCCAACACCUCCGCCACCCCUCUCUCUCUCUCUCUCUAUCCCUCAUUUACGCACACACCACACCGAUACUCUCGACAAACUGUUAUCCACCAAGGGCGAGGAAUGAGAUGACGAUGAACGACGAGUGGGUGAGGAUGGCCAUGAUGGACGACACCGUCGUCGUCGACCUUCUGCUGCGUCUCAAGCACACUGUUUCGUCUAAACCUCAGCUUAUGCCUCUCUCCUGGGGCCUCAAACAGCCACGCUCAAGAUCGAGGCUAACCGCCGUCGUCUCUCGCUGCGACGCCGCCGUUUCAACCAGAUGCAGCCCAACCACUCCUCUCUCCUGGAGCGACGGCGCCUCUCCUUCCGCCACCGCCGAUGGUUACGAAGACUCCAGCCGUAACCAUCACGCCGCCAGAUCCAAGGCUACUGCUACAAGUGGAUAUACUGGCAACUCAGCCUCUACCAAGAGGUGCAGAAGAAAAAAGACCUUUGCAGAAUUAAAAGAAGAGGAAAGCUCCCUGCUAAAGGAAAGGAUAUAUUUGAAAAAGGAGAUAGCAACUGUUAAUGCAAAUUUUGAGGCACAGAGAGCUAAGAAUGAAAGUUUGAAGAGAAUGAAGCUUGAUUUCGGAUCGAAAUCUCAUAGAAAUCCAAGUUCAACGUCUAUCGAACAGCACUGUACAUACGCUGGUCAACCCCACCAGAGAAUAGUAUCUUCGGAGGCCCUCACACGUGCCAUUCAAGAUGACACUCAAUCACAAGCAUCAGAAUCUAGGCCAAACGGGAUAGAGUCAACUGGGGAAAGUUUUUUCUUGAUACCAGAUCUAAAUAUGAUGCCGUCUGAUGAUGUUUCUUACACUGACGUCCUAUGAGGAGUUAGUUGAGACCAGCUUGGUUUCACCGCUUAGAACGCAGGACUCUUGGAACAGUUGCACUACGAUAUGUUGUGGAAACAGCUCUGAACAAUGUACAGGCCGAGUGAGCAUUUUCAAGGCUCUAUAAUAGAAACAAUUGGAAACAUCGUGCAUGAGAAACAUUUCUUGAUCCAACUACCAAAUGAAAAGAAGUGGUUAGUCAUAUAUGAGAGAAGUUUCUUAGUACGUUUAGAGUAGAGAUAUGCCAAGGUUACAGGUUCUUCCGAUUCUGAAAUUUCUUAAAAGGGGUAAAGCCUCGUUUCCGAUUUCAGAAUUCUCAAACAUGUAAGGUGUACCAUUCUUUCGUAGGAUAAAUUUCUUGGAUUCCCUUAGAAGCCAUUUAAAUUAAUCUACAAUUUUAUUCAUCAAUUCCAUGGUUUG